AUGGAACCAGAUACCGCGGGGUUCUUUGAAGAACCAGACGACUAUUAUCCCCCAUCACCGCCUCCAACUUUUCAGGUUUAUACACUACAAUCAGGGGAGACCAUCACACUUCAUCUUGUAGGCCAUAGCCCCCUGGAAGCCCACCAUCUGUGGAAUGGCAGCCGCAUUAUAUCUAAAUAUUUCGAGUCCCAUGUAUCGGAAGUCCGAGGCCAGACUGUGCUCGAGCUCGGGGCCGGAGCCGGGCUACCUAGCAUAGUGAGCGCUAUCCUGGGGGCCGAAAAGGUCGUGGUCACCGAUUACGCCGAUCCGGAUCUGGUCGUCAACAUGAAGAAAAAUAUCUUAGGUUGUGAACUUAUACCUACAGUAAAUGGCGAUGUCGAUAACUCCCCAAUAGUUGCAGAUGGCUAUAUCUGGGGAGCUGAUGCGACUCAUCUACUAUCGCAUUUGGAGUCAGUCAAGAGGGACAAAUUUGAUAUACUUAUCUUAGCCGACCUACUAUUCAGACACUCUGAACACGGAAACAUGAUCUCGUCGAUCGAAGCAACUAUGAGCCGGAAGAAAACCAGCACUGCCUUCGUCUGCUUCACAAGCUACCGGCCCUGGCUGCAGCACAAGGAUCUCGCAUUCUUCGACCUUGCGCGAGAGAGAGGGUUCAUAGUUGAGAAAUUCCUCGAGGAGAAAAUGGACAAGGCUAUGUUUGAAAAUGAUCCGGGCGACGAGGAUGUUCGGAAGACAGUUACAGGCUUCACGCUACGCUGGCCGGACGAAAAGUGCAUAUAG